CGGGAAAGGUGGAGGCUUCAGGCAGAACAUUUCAGCGUGUGUUUACAGGCAGGACUCACUUACUCAGCAAUCCUGCUCGGAGGAGCUUCAGCCAAUGAAGAGGCUCUAUCCCAGCUUGCUUGGGGGCUUCUGAGUUUGAGCUGCCUGCAGAAAUGUAAGGCUUUGCUUCCUGGCGCUGAUGGCAAAAUGGGACCCAUCUCCAGUUAUUCCUUGGGCUCCCCAGCUCCGCAGAUCUGGGAGAGAACCUACAUAAACAUAUUGGUGAUGUAGCCAGCUUUCAAGGCCGAGAGAAUCCUCAUGGAUUCGGGAGACUGGUUUUUCAUUUAGAAUUUUCUUUUUCCUUUGGAAGAUGAAAUGCUUCUCUCGUUACCUGCCUUAUAUCUUCAGACCUCCAAACACCAUCCUCUCUUCCAGCUGCCACACGGAAGGCUCGGACCAUGGUGCAGUCCCGCUGGCUCCCCUGCCCCCCUCUCCUGUGAGACUGGCUGCGGGGUAGGAUCAUGGAUACUUGUCUGCCGGCUUCUGGUUCCCACGCAAGUAAGCCUGCUGUCAAUGGAGGAGGACAUUGAUACCCGCAAAAUCAACAACAGUUUCCUGCGCGACCACAGCUAUGCAACCGAAGCUGACAUUAUCUCUACGGUAGAAUUCAACCACACAGGAGAGUUACUAGCGACAGGGGACAAGGGGGGUCGGGUUGUAAUAUUUCAGCGAGAACAGGAGAGUAAAAACCAGGUUCAUCGCAGGGGUGAAUACAAUGUUUACAGCACAUUCCAGAGCCAUGAGCCCGAGUUCGAUUACCUGAAGAGCUUAGAAAUAGAAGAAAAAAUCAAUAAGAUAAGAUGGCUCCCUCAGCAGAAUGCAGCUUACUUUCUUCUGUCUACCAACGAUAAAACUGUGAAGCUGUGGAAGGUGAGUGAGCGUGAUAAGAGACCCGAAGGCUACAACCUGAAAGAUGAGGAGGGCCGGCUCCGGGAUCCUGCCACCAUCACAACACUGCGGGUGCCUGUCCUGAGACCCAUGGACCUGAUGGUGGAGGCCACCCCACGAAGAGUGUUUGCCAACGCGCACACCUACCACAUCAACUCCAUCUCUGUCAACAGCGACUAUGAGACCUACAUGUCUGCUGAUGACCUGAGGAUUAACCUGUGGAACUUUGAGAUAACCAACCAGAGUUUUAAUAUCGUGGACAUCAAGCCAGCCAACAUGGAGGAGCUCACGGAGGUGAUCACAGCGGCUGAGUUCCACCCCCAUCACUGCAACACCUUCGUAUACAGCAGCAGCAAGGGGACCAUCCGGCUGUGUGACAUGCGGGCCUCUGCCCUGUGUGAUAGGCACACCAAGUUUUUUGAAGAGCCAGAAGAUCCAAGCAACAGAUCCUUUUUCUCUGAAAUUAUCUCUUCAAUUUCGGAUGUGAAGUUUAGCCACAGUGGGAGGUAUAUUAUGACCAGAGACUAUCUGACCGUGAAAGUCUGGGAUCUCAACAUGGAAAAUCGCCCCAUCGAGACAUACCAGGUUCACGACUACCUCCGCAGCAAGCUGUGCUCCCUCUAUGAAAAUGACUGCAUUUUCGAUAAAUUUGAGUGUGUGUGGAAUGGGUCAGACAGUGUCAUCAUGACGGGCUCCUACAACAACUUCUUCAGGAUGUUCGACCGAAACACCAAACGUGAUGUGACCCUUGAGGCCUCGAGGGAAAACAGCAAACCCCGGGCUAUCCUCAAACCCCGAAAAGUGUGUGUCGGGGGCAAGCGAAGAAAAGAUGAGAUCAGUGUCGACAGUCUGGACUUUAGCAAAAAGAUCUUGCACACAGCUUGGCAUCCUUCAGAAAAUAUUAUAGCAGUGGCGGCCACAAAUAACUUAUAUAUCUUCCAGGACAAGGUUAACUAGGAGGACAAGCUAUUACUUAGUCUCAUAUACUGAAUACUAGUCAAACAAGUUUUUAAAUGUUUCUUUGGGUCUUCAUUUGAUGCAUUGACUUUCAUUUCCCUAUGCAUAAAACAAUUGGAAUAGAAUUUAAAAGGAGUUCAAUGUUCCCAACUCCCCAAUUCUAAGAAACUUUUGUCAAACUCGGUAGGCUUGGAACACUUCUGUUUAGAACUGAGACCUGCCAACUGGCAGUAAUUCCUCCAUAGUCGACUUGAAUUUCUGAUGCGUUCGUUCAUUGCCCAGUUUUCUCUGGUGGGUUCUGUGUUUUGUUUCUAGGUGUCUGCUGCGAUGAAAUGAGAUUGUCUGUAGUAUUUAAGGAGAAAAGAGAUAAGGUUUUUUUUUUUUAAUGAACCAAUUCCAUUUGUUUGAAAAAAAAAUCAACAAAAAAUAAACACUGUUUACUCUUA